AUGGCGACUUCCCCCGCCGGCCGCAUGCUGUCCCGCCAGCUACAGCAGAUGCAGUCCGAUAAGGACAUCCCCGGAAUCAGCUGUGGCUUGGUCGAUAACAACGUCUUUGAAUGGGAAGUGAUGCUGAUGAUCUCGGACGAUGUCAAGCUAUAUGGAGGUGGCUUCUUCCGUGCUCGCCUCUCGUUCCCGCCAGAGUACCCCCACAUGCCGCCCAAGAUGAAAUUCGAGUCGCCCCUCUUCCACCCAAACAUCUACGAGAAUGGCGACGUCUGCAUUUCCAUCUUGCAUCCCCCGGAGGAAGACAAGUUCGGCUAUGAGUCGGCUGCGGAGCGCUGGUCGCCCGUUCAGACUCCCGAGACCAUCUUGCUGUCCGUCAUUUCCAUGCUGUCGAGCCCCAACGAUGAGAGCCCUGCCAAUGUGGAGGCGGCCCGCUUGUGGCGUGAGGACCCGGCCGAGUUCAAGAAGCGUGUGCGUCGGUGUGUGCGGGAGAGCCUGGGCGAGGAGUAA